ACAUCCCCAAGCCAACCCACGCCAUCCUUUCUCUAUCUUUUCCCUCCUUGGCUUCUCCGCGCAUCGUGAGGCAUGGCCGCGCUACAGCCAGAAGCUGCUCGCUCACUCCAAUCCUCGCCUCCGGCCGCACCUCGUCCGCCAGAGGAGCCUAAGGACGGUAAAAACGACUAUCCCUUCUUCUCUUGGCUCUCCCUCGCCGCCUUCGCCUUCUUGACCUUCAACACCGCCAUCGCGGUGCGUAGGUCCAUCGACGACCCCGGGGCCCUCGCCUUCACCAUCGCGUCCUACGUCGACCUCCUCUGCUUGUUCUGGUGCCUGAGGAGAUUCGAGGGGGCCAACGAGCGGGACAAAGGAUUGCUAAAAGUGGCUGUCUGGCUGCUGGCCUCGCUGCUCACCGGAAUGUUCAGUUAUAAGGCGGCGGCGGUGGAGCCGUGGCCUGUGGCGGCGAUCUUGUGGGGUGUGAACUGUGUGACCACCAUGGGAGGCUUUUAUGUCGUCUUCAUAAUGCAUAGGGAAAAUUAGAUAUCUUUUGUUUUUUUCUAAUUUAUCAGUUAUAAUUUUGA